AUGAAAGAAGAGAUGGAGUUUAUGAAAGACAAUGACGUUUGGGAUCUCGUAGAAUUACCUGAAGGUGUGAAACCAAUUGGUUGUAAAUGGAUAUUUAAAACCAAAAGGGAUUCUAAGGGUAAUGUCGAGAGAUAUAAAGCUUAUCUAGUCGCUAAAGGCUUUACUCAAAAAGAGGGCAUAGACUAUAAAGAGACUUUCUCUCCAGUAUCAUCGAAAGACUCUUUUAGAACCAUAAUGGCACUAGUAGCUCAUUUUGACUUGGAGCUACAUCAGAUGGAUGUAAAGACAGUGUUUCUCAAUGGUGACAUUGAUAAAACGAUGUACAUGGUACAACCAGAAAAUUAUGUAUCAGAUUCAUCUGCUGGAAAUAUUGACCCUCCACCACCAUUUUCUGUUCCAUCUGAACCAGCAUAUAUUCCUUCCAGUGGUAAGUUCGGAAGAAAAUUUAAAGCUGAUUGGAAUGAACGAAAUACUGUUAUAUUAAUGAAAAUAUGUAAAGAAGAGAUGGUGGCUGGAAAUAGACCUGGAACACAUUUUAACAAAGUUGGUUGGGCAAAUUUGAAAACGAAAUUCUUGAAAGAGACUGGUUUAAAUUAUGAGUCUAAACAAUUUAAAAACAAGUGGGAGGCUAUGAAAAGAGAAUGGGGACUAUGGGCUAAACUAAAAGGAAAGGAGACCGGUCUUGGUUGGGAUCCUAUUAAGAAGACCAUGCAAGCAAAUGAUGAUUGGUGGGAUGCUAAGAUUCAAGAAAAUUCUAAUGUGGCAAAAUUUAGAGAGGAAGGUCCAAAACAUCUUGAUGAAAUGCAGUUCUUUUUUGAAGAUGUUGUAGCUACUGGUGUAGGUGCAUGGACACCUUCUGAAGAUAUAAAUGAUAGUUAUAAUGAUAAAUAUAAUGACAAAGAUAAUGGUAAUCAGGAAGAAGGUUUAGAAGAUGAGUUAAAUGAUGAAUCAACGCCUCCUAGUGCAAUGAGACAAAAGAGAAGAAAGGUUGGAAAAAGGUCUGGAGCCUCUCAACUUUCAACUCAACUAGAACGUAUAAUUAAUGUGUUUGAAGAAGAAAAGGCCAACGAAAUAGCUCAUAGAAAUAACGUACCAAGUAUAUCUACUUGUUUAGCUAUUCUCAAACAAUUACCUGGACUAGAAGUGGGGAGUGAUAUAUUCUUUAUAGCUACAAGACUAAUGGCAAAAAGGAUAUCUAACAGCUCAACUGAAAGUUUGUCAACUGAAAGUUUGAUAUCAAAUACAAAUGUGUCAGACAAAGAAUUUGAAAACAAACAAAAAAUCGCAGCCAAACGUUGGGAGGGGUCUGCAUACGAUACUAAAAUUUUCAAUCAAGUUGUGCAUAGACAAAGUCUUCAUUUUCCUCUUCCUCUAAAGGAUAAGUACUACUUGGUAGAUUCUGGCUAUCCGUGUUUUAUGGGGUUCUUAGGUCCUUAUAAAGGUCACAGAUACCAUCUUCCGCAUUUUAGAUUGGGUCCCAGAGCAAGAGGAAGAAAUGAAGUAUUCAACUACUAUCAUUCUAGCCUUAGAUGUACAAUUGAACGCUCAUUUGGAUGUUGUAAAGCAAGAUGGAAAAUUUCAGGUGCCAUGCCAUCGUUUUCCUUAGACACACAAGUUAGAAUUAUUGGUGCUUGUAUGGCUUUACACAAUUUUAUUCAACGGAAUGACACAAGCGAUGAACAAUUUGAAGAAUUCCAUGAAAAUUUUGAUCUUAUGGGUGAAGGUGAAGGUGAAGUAGAAGAACCAGUUUCUAAUGAUAUUACGUGGGAAGGACCAAAUGCUGAAAGCGCUAGAAAAAUGGAACUAAUUAGAGAACAAAUAAAGAAUCAAUUACCCGAUCGAUUGUAA